GUUUACGAACUCAACAAGUGAACAACUCAAGCAUCUAACAAAUCAUCUAAGUUAUAAUUCUUAGUACAUUUCAACUUCAACAAAUUACUACAACCUCAAUUAAUCAAACAAAAAUGAUGUCUAAUCAAAUUGUAUCCGCUGUUGCCUGUGCCCUCAUCUUCUUUGCCGCUUUGUCAUCAUGCUAUGGCGCUACAAUGGCUCCUCUGUGUCAACCUGGCAUCAUUGAGGAAAUGCCAACACACAUUAAAAAAGUUUGCAUGGCUUUGGAAAACUCGGAUCAAUUGUCUUCAGCCCUGAAAUCCUACAUUAACAAUGAGGCUGCCACUUUGGUCUCUAAACAGGAUGAGCUCAUUAAUAACUAUGGCAAGCGUACCGAUGUCGAUCACGUUUUCUUGCGUUUCGGCAAAAGACGUUAAAUUCUACACAAUCCUUACCAACUUCGCAGACAACAGACCCUCAACCCCCCCUCAAAACAAACCGCCUGGCUAAUUGGACCACACAAUUUGUUUAUAAAAAAACUAAAAUAAUAAUUAAUUUAGAAAAAAAAAAUAGAAACAUGUAAAAAAUAAAUACUAAAGUUGAUCUCUUUGUAAUAUUACAAUAACACCACCAUCACCACCAUUUUAAUACGACAAGAAACAAAAAAAUCAUAGUAGUGACUUUUUGCUGGCACUACAUGACGUCAUCUUACAAUAAUACACUGAACAAAAUAGUAUUGUAGUAGAAAAUAGUUUGUUUGUAAUCAGUAGUAUUGUAUAUUGACAUUUAAACAAAACAAAAAAUAAAAAUGUACAUAAAUUAAAUAAAUUAUUGUAAAGAAAAGUAAAGACAAUUUGAAAUUACUUAAUUAAUAAUAUUAAGCAUUACUUUCUUAUAGUAGUACAUACAAGCUCUAUGUACGAUAUUUAAUCCAUAUGUGUCACAAUAUUGAAAAACAAAAACUUGUAUACCAACUUACAUUACAUAUUUACUUAAAUUAUACAAUAUGGGGCAGAGCGGUACAUACAUACUUUUUCUAUUCAUAUUUAUUAAAUUCAUUUAAAUGUAAUAUUUAUUAUAAUUGGUUUUUGAUUUAUUAGUAAUAAAAAUUAAUUGAAACAAAAAAAAAACACUCAAAA